GAAGGAGCGGACGCUGUAAGAGGGUGGGUGCCAUGGCGAGAUGGAAAUGGAUCUUGCCGUUGCUCGCGGCUCUAUGGACCCUGACCGACGCCUAUUUAGCGGUGCUCUCGUCGAGCACGCCGCCCGGGACCGUCAUCUUCGAGGCAGGUGUGCCGCAGCUGGGCGGCCGUCGAAAGUACGAGGUGUCCAACGAGCGAACCGCGUGGUUCGCGAGGAAACUGCUCAAAGUGCACCCUCACACUGGCCGUGUGACUUUGGCGCGGCCGUUGAGCUGCGAUGGUCUCCAGUAUCCGCGGAUCUUCACCUUUUACGUGGAUUCCACUAGCUCCAGGCUCGGGAGACCGACGAUAGAUUAUUACAGUUUACCGCUUAGGAUUUUGAUCACUGGGUGCGGGGGAGAGAACCGAGAUUUGGCUGCUACCAGAGGAUGGAUGGCAGAGACCUUGGCUUCUUACGCGAUGCCCAGCACCGAGAGGUUCACUGAGGUUUGCCUUAGAACGUCGCAGCUGGUUGCCGCGCUACGCGAUUUCCUUCCUCAGACAGCGUCGAAGGAGUGCGAGACCAGAUGGGGCGGCGUGGCCGAUCCGAGGUUCCUGAUCGAGGGCGCGGCGGGCGAUUUAGUCUCGGCUACGGAGCAAUGUCUCGUGGAUCCUCUCUGGAAGAUAUCCGUGUCCAUGAGCUUGAGAUGCGGCAUGGAAUCGCGGCUGACCGACGCCGAGCACCGUCUCAAGAUCGUCUUUCACCAUCGCCAGUUAGAUGACACAGAUUUAGGUAGACGAGUACGGAGAGAAUUGAAAAACCAAUCCCCGUACUUCGAGCAACCUUUGUAUGUCGCCGCGGUCGAGGAAGAAAAAGAACCCGGCGUAUACGUCACGUCCGUUCGGGCCAGGGACCCGGAAGGUGGAACCGUUCGCUACUCAAUGAGCUCAUUACUGGAUGCCCGAUCGCAGUCGUUAUUGGUCCUCGAUCCUGUCACUGGAAGAGUUACCACCAGAGCCAGGUUAGACAGGGAGAGCGUAGACGUUCACUACUUUCGAGUGCUGGCCGUGGACGAUUCGUUUCCUCCGAGAACAGGCACUACCACGUUGCAGGUGAACGUAUUGGAUACGAACGAUCACGCGCCGAGCUUCGAGUGGCCGGAAUACGAUGCUUCUGUCAGGGAGGGUGUACCGGUGGGCUCAACGGUCGUUACGGUCAAGGCGACUGAUCAAGACGACGGUAGAAACGCAGAGGUGGAAUAUUCAAUUUUAUCGACGACGACUGGCAACGGAAUCGAGAGCACGGAAGAUGCACUGACCUUCAGGAUAGAUCCGAGAACAGGCGUGGUAACCACGCGGACGCCUCUUGAUAGAGAGAAGACGGAGAUCUAUACGGUGAUUUUGAGUGUGACUGAUCAGGCGACUCCACCAUCUGCGAGGAAAACUGCAAACGCUACGCUGGUGAUUCGAGUGUUGGACGAUAACGACAAUUAUCCUCAAUUUACCGAGCGCACUUAUUCUGUUUGGAUUCCGGAGGACCUAGACUAUACGGCGAAUCCGGUGAUAGCUCGCAUACGCGCGACCGAUGCAGACUCAGGGAACAACGCGGCGGUCCGAUAUGCUAUAAUCGGUGGGAACACUCAGACGACGUUUUCUAUAGAUUCUAUGAGCGGCGAUGUUGCUCUGGUAAAACCAUUGGAUUACGAAUCCACCAGGAGCUAUAAGAUAGUGAUACGCGCUCAGGACGGUGGUUCACCGGCUAGAUCGAACACCACUCAGUUGCUCGUGCAUGUGAAAGAUGUCAAUGACAACGCGCCGAGAUUUUACACCAGUCAUUUUCAAGAAUCUGUCUCGGAGAACGUGCCCGUGGGAUACUCGAUGCUGAGGAUACAGGCGUACGACGCUGACGAGGGCGCGAACGCACAAAUUAAAUACACCAUUGGUGCUCGGGACUUUACUGGAGCUUCCACAGAGAAUUUUCCCAUAACUGUUAAUUCGGAAACUGGCUGGAUUUACACAACAAAGCAGCUCGAUCGCGAGCUGUGUUCUAGAUACCAGUUCACCGUGAUUGCCGCAGACUCGGGCGAAGUACCGAAAUCUGCGAGCGCUACAGUGAUACUCACGGUGACCGACGUGAACGAUAACGAUCCUUACUUCGACCGAAAGAACUACGAAGCCGUGGUAUCGGAGGACGACCCGCCAGGCACGCCGGUUACUUCCGUUACGGCGACUGAUCCUGACGAGGACGCCAGGAUACACUAUGAGAUCACCGCAGGCAACACGAGAGGCCGAUUCUCGAUCGCCUCUCAGAACGGUCGAGGUCUGAUAACAGUGGCUCAGCCGCUGGACUACAAGCAAGAAAAGAGAUUUGUUCUAACCAUUACGGCUUCCGAUAGCGGGGGUAGAACCGACACUGCUCUCGUUUACGUUAAUAUAUCGGAUGCAAAUAAUUUUUCACCGGUUUUCGAGAACGCGCCUUACUCGGUGUCCGUCUUCGAAGACGCACCUAUCGGCACGACAGUUCUAGUCGUAAGCGCCACGGAUUCGGAUGUAGGAAAGAAUGCUCAGGUCACGUAUAGCUUGGAUAGCGACGGUGGAGACCAAUCAGUGUCUGAAUUCACGAUCAACCCGCAAACUGGAGCCAUUACCACCACUCGACCACUCGAUCGCGAAUCGGUGCCCGCAUAUUUAUUAACUGUUACUGCGAGGGAUGGAGGCGUGCCCCCGUUAUCGGACACCACCGAUGUGGAGAUAUCCGUUACGGAUGUAAACGACAAUGCUCCAGUUUUUGAGGCCCCUCAAUAUCAGGGUUCUAUUCCGGAGGACGUGUUAAUCGGUACCAGCGUUUUAAGAGUCUCCGCUACAGAUGCUGACACGGAUCUCAACGGCAGAGUAAGGUAUUCGUUGGAAGACGACGGCGAUGGAGCCUUCGCGGUAGAUUCGACUACGGGAAUCAUCAGAACGGCAAAACCAUUGGAUAGAGAGUCUGUGGCGAGGUAUACGCUGAAGGCAGUCGCUAUGGACAGAGGUUCCCCAUCGCUCUCGACUGUAGUGCCAGUGACCAUAAAAAUAGAAGACGUAAACGAUUCUCCUCCCGCUUUCGAGAACGAUAAAAUCGUCCUUUACAUAGCUGAGAAUUCUCCGAUCGGCUCCACGGUUGGCGAAAUCUAUGCGCACGAUCCUGACGAAGGACCGAACGCCGUCGUGCAAUAUUCCGUAAUCGGAGGUGAAGAUUCGAAUAGUUUCGCUCUUAAUAUUAGACCCGGAGCGGAUCGAGCGGAACUGAUCACUUUGGAAGAACUCGAUUACGAAUCGCCGAAAAAGAAAUUCGAAUUAGUCGUGCGCGCUGCUUCACCUCCAUUGAGGUCGGAUGCUCUGGUCCAAAUUCUCGUCACCGACGUGAACGACAAUGCGCCCGUGUUGAAGGAUUUCCAAAUUAUAUUCAACAAUUUCAAGGACUUCUUUCCGACUGCUCCUAUAGGAAAAAUACCUGCAGUCGACGCGGACGUCACUGACAAGUUGACGUACACGAUACUCGCCGGAAACAACGCGAAUUUGAUCGAGUUGAACAGAACCACCGGUGAAAUCAGACUGUCGCCGCAAUUAAAUACAAACGUGCCACGCGUAGCGACGAUGGAAGUAUCCGUCACGGAUGGCAUCAACGAUGUUAAGGCUACCAUGACUCUCUCCGUGCGGUUGAUCACCGACAAGAUGCUCUUGAACUCCAUCACCGUUCGACUCGAUGAUAUGACCGCCGAAGCUUUUCUCAGCCCACUCUUGGGAUACUUUUUGGACGGAUUAGCCGCGAUUAUUCCCUGUCCCAGGGAGAACAUCUUUGUGUUCAGUGUUCAAGAGGACGCGAACGUGAACGGGAAGAUCUUGAACGUGAGCUUCUCCGCGCGGAAGGUCGAGCCGGGUGUAACCGACGAGUUUUACAGCCCACAGUUUCUUCAGGAACGCGUCUACUUGAACCGAGGUAUAUUGGCGAGAUUGGCUACGGUCACCGUGUUGCCAUUCGACGACAACCUCUGCGUGAGAGAGCCCUGUUUGAACUUCGAGGAGUGCCUGACGGUGUUGAAGUUCGGGAACGCGUCCGGCUUCGCAAGCAGCGACACCGUUUUAUUCAGACCGAUAUAUCCGGUGACUACAUUCGCGUGCAGAUGCGCGAAGGGCUUCACCGGCAGCAAGGAAUCUUAUUUAUGCGACACGGAAGUGAAUUUGUGUUACUCUAAUCCCUGCAUGAACGGGGGCACUUGUUACAGAAGGGAGGGUGGAUACGCGUGCGUUUGUAGCCCUGAAUUUGCUGGAGAGAACUGUGAAAUCUCGUUAGAUAAAGACUCCUGCGCACCAGGAAUUUGCAAGGGAGGGUCACAGUGUACGAUUAAAACUACGGGAGGUUUCACUUGCGAAGGUUGCCCCGUUACCACGUUGGAGAACGUGACGCCGCUCUGCGAACUGAAAGCUCGCAGCUUCGGACGCGCAACGUUCCUCACGUUCGCUUCACUCAGACAGAGACACAGACUGCAUAUAAAAUUAAGAUUCGCCACCGAAGCGACCAACGGUCUUCUGCUCUACAACGGGCGAUACAAUGAGAAACACGACUUCAUAGCUUUGGAAAUAAUCGACUCCCAAGUACAAUUCAGCUUUUCCCUUGGCGACGAGAUCACUCGGGCGACUGCCAGCGUGCCUGACGGAGUUUCCGAUGGCCAGUGGCACGAGGCAGAAGUUUCCUACAUAAACAAGACCGUGACGAUUUCUCUGGACAACUGCGACGUCGCUUUGGCUUUGGAAUACGGCGAACGACUCGGUGCGAGAUGGUCCUGCGCGGCGCGGAGCGAGCAAGUGCUAGAGGAACGUUGCAGCAUCGUCACCGAAACGUGCCAUCGAUUUCUAGACCUAACCGGGCCGCUGCAGUUAGGCGGGCUACCUGCUAUACCUUCCAGCUUUCAGAUCAGAAACAAAGACUUCGUCGGUUGCAUCAGCGACUUAUAUAUCGAUCAUAUUUUCAUCGAUUUGAAUUCUUUCGUAGCCGACAACGGUACGAACCCCGGUUGCCCGGAAAAGGCUUCGUUCUGUUCGUCGACGCCAUGUAAGAAUAACGGAAAAUGCCGGGAAAUAUGGUCCGGGUUCACUUGCGAGUGCGAAGAGACCUUCGGUGGACCUACCUGCACCGAUGAAGUCGGCAAGCCGUGGAGUUUCAAGGGCGACGGCAUGCUUAGUUUCAACCCUCUACUGAGACCGAUACAGCUGCCUUGGUUGACGGCUCUUAGCCUGAGGACGCGCUCGAAGCAGGCGUUCCUGAUGAGCGUGCAGAUCGGACAGAACAGCUCAGCGCUGCUCGAGAUUCGCGAAGGCAAGCUGGUGGCACUGUUGGACGGCGCGGACAUUAUACAAACGUGGAACAACGUCGCCGACGGUGAGUGGCACAGGAUAGAGAUCCUCUGGCAAAGCGGGCACGUCUCUCUAGACAUCGACUAUCGAAACCGACCCGUGUCCUCCCCAUUGCCAGCGAAGCUGCAGGGUCUGUACGUCGGUAGGAUCCUCGUAGGUGGACCGGAACAAUCAGCGAACACCGAACUGCCAUCGUUCGACGGAUGCCUUCAAGAUAUUCGCAUCGGCACCAACCAAAGCGUGCUCCAGCGACCGACCGUUCAAGAAAACGUUGCAACCGGAUGUAGCUCGGAGACCGAGUGCAACGCCGACUGUCCGGACGCAUCGAUCUGUUUGGCUAAGUGGCAGGCCAGCGAAUGCGUUUGCGCGGCUGGUCGCGUCGGCCGCGACUGCGAACGUGUCUGCGAUUUGAACCCUUGCAACAACACCGGAAUUUGCAUCGAAGAUCCGACUUCCCGAAGAGGAUAUCGAUGCGAGUGCAACUCUCCGGAGUACUCCGGAGAUUACUGCGAGGUAAAGGCGGAUCAACCUUGUCCGGCGACCUGGUGGGGUUCUCCCGUUUGCGGGCCGUGCCACUGUGACGAGUCUAAGGGCUACGAUCCCGCGUGUAAUAAAACAACGGGCGAGUGUUACUGCAAGGAGAAUCAUUAUCAACCUUCCGGGAAGAAGGAGUGUAUUCCUUGCGAAUGUUACGCGACGGGAAGCUUCGGUCCGAGAUGCGACACCGAGACGGGCCAGUGCCGAUGUCGAGUAGGCGUAAUCGGACGAUCUUGCACCGCGUGCCCUAAUCCCUACGCCGAAGUUACACUUCGCGGUUGCGAGGUAGUUUACGAUGGGUGUCCCAGAUCUUAUGCCGAAGGCUUGUGGUGGCCGAGAACCAAAUUCGGAAUGACCGCGGUCGAGGACUGUCCGGAUAUGGCAGAGGGGAAGACGUCUAGGUCCUGCGAUGACAAGUUAGGCGGCUGGCAGGAACCCGAUCUGUUCAACUGUACGUCAGAAGCUUUCAUCGAGCAAAGACAUCAAUUGUCCGCGUUGGAAACAAAGGAUUUGACUCUAAACACUUAUGUAGCUGUUAAAAUUGCGAAGGAUUUGCACAGGGCUAUGAACGUGACGAAGGAAUUGUACGGCGCCGAUCUGUUAAUAGCGGAAUCGUUGUUGGUUGUCUUGCUGCGGUACGAGGAAAGUUUGAUUGGAUUGAAUUUAACUCACAGCCAGGACAGAGACUACGUAUCCCACCUGGUCGGAAUUUCCAGUAACAUUUUGAAGUCUAAGUAUUUAGAGAAGUGGUCUAGAAUCGAGACUCUCAAUGGAGAUACUCCUGACAAGGUUUUGGAUGCAAUGGCCGAUUAUUUGGAGAUCUUGACCGCAUCUCAACACGAUACCUUUACAAAUCCUUUUGAAGUAGUCGAUAACAACGUUGUACUCGGCUUGGAUAUAGUGACUUCGGAAAGUUUGUUCGGAUACGAAACGGCGGAGUACGUGGAAGAUCUGUCGGCGUCGACGGCUCGACCAGGCGAAGCGGAUCAAAAGGUCGUGAUACCGGAUACUUCCGCGUUUCUCUCAUCGCCUACGCCCUUCGGCCCAUCGAUCUCUUUCCCCAAAUACAACAACUACAUGGCCGAUCCAAACAGAUUCGACCCAUACUCGAAAAUACGAGUACCCCUCAGCGUGUUAGGCAUUAAAUCACCGUUGCAAGGAGAAUUAAACGUGAAGAAGAGUUUGGUCAAUCGGAAAGCUGUGCUGAGUUACGUACAAUAUAAGCAAUUAGGUGUCCUGUUGCCUCAAAGAUUCGAUGACUCGGUGACGGUUAGAUGGGGCGUGGAAGUGGCGGUUGGUUCUCCAGUCGUGACGGUGUCCGUCUUAGUUCCCUCCGAAACCGGUUACGAGUCAUUGACCGGGAUCCCUCUACAAUCCCCGGUCCAAAUCAGCCUCUGGCUCAGCGAGAGGGACGAGCUGAAGACGAGAACCAACCCGCAGUGCGUCCACUGGAGCACAGCUAGAGGAGCCGGCGAAUGGAGUCGAAUGGGUUGCACGACGGAAAUCGAGGAUGACUCUUUAUCGUUCGGCAGCAUCGUCAACUGUUCCUGUCUUCAACUAUCCACUUUCGCGAUACUAACGGACGUACUCGACCCAGAAUACGUUCCAGAGCCGUCAUUGCUAGAAGACGUGACGAGCUAUAGCGCGUUUAUGCUCGCGUUACCCUUAUUACUAUCUGCAUUGCUCAUCCUGGGUUUGAUCCGUGGAGGCGGUACCAAUUCGAACAGCAUACACAAGAACUUGGUAAUGUGCGUCUUCUUCGCUGAAGUGCUGUAUCUGAUCGCGCUCAAAGCCAGAAGUCCUCUAGUCUCGAACGAGUUCCCGUGCAAACUAACUGCGAUCGGCUUGCACUACGCCUGGUUAAGCACAUUUUCUUGGACGCUGGUCGACUCGAUUCAUCUCUAUCGAAUGUUGACCGAAAUGAGGGACGUUAAUCACGGACAGAUGAGGUUCUACUAUACUAUGGGCUACGGCGCGCCGGCGAUUAUAGUCGGAUUGACGAUCGGAGUACGGGCCGAUCAAUACGGAAACUUUUAUUUCUGCUGGUUAUCAAUUUACGAAACUGUCAUUUGGUCUCUGAUAGGACCGAUCUGUCUCGCCGUUUUCGUCAACUUCUGCAUUCUCGUGAUGUCGAUCCGCGCAGCUUUCACGUUGAAGGAGCAUAUAAUGGGUUUCGGGAACCUGAGAACACUUCUCUGGUUAUCCGUAGCUUCCUUGCCGUUGCUCGGAUCCACGUGGACGUUGACGGUUCUGAACGCGUCCGAAAAUUCCCCGACAUUAUCGUAUCUGCUCAGUAUAGCGGUAGUCGUUCACGCGUCUUUCAGUUUAGUCGGCUAUUGCUUCAUCAACGGCAGAGUGCGACGGAAUUUAUAUUUAAGCUUGUUGAGAUGCAUCGGGAAGAAGACGCCGCUUUUAGAAGGCAGCAUGGGAAACGGAAGCAGUAGUCAAAAUGUAAAUGGCCACUCGCGAUCCGCGUUGGCGUAUUCGUCGACGUAUAGCGGUGCCGAAUCCGUGUGCAGAAGAGUCCACGUAGGAGUUUCGACGAGCAGCACAACUUCAAGAAGUACAAAUAAGACUGGGUCGAGUCCCUAUCGCAGCGACGCACAUUUGAGGCACACCUCUACUUCCACGAGCAAUUACAACAGUGAUAGAGAUCCGUACAUGUCCUCUAGGAGUCAUCGAUCGACGAUGCACUCUAGGCAAGAACCGACAGAGCCAAGGAAUCAGCGUAGAGAUUCGGAAUCGGAUUCGGACGGGUCUCAGGCGGAGGGUGGCGGGAGGAGUUUGGAUCUGGCGAGUUCACAUAGCUCCGACGAAGAGGAUGUCACGUCGAGGUCGCAUAGAAACAUGGGCGUCUCGACGCAGCAACCUGUUGCGCACAGUUAUCUACCCAACAUUCAUAGCAAUCCCACCGAACACUUGAACAUACUUUGCUCAAACACGGAACUAUUUCCGAACAUUAAACCCAUAUACGCGCCUAGAUGGAGUUCUCAAUUACCCGAAGCAUAUUUGUCAGCAAACGUGAUGGAUGUGCGCGGUAGCCAAUGGUCCGGUGGCACCAUGUCCGACAAUGAGAUGGCUUCGAACAAGACCUCCAGCCCGAAUCCACUGCCUUAUCCCGAUAUGAAUUCACCGCAGAAGAGUCAGCCGGAUGAGAAUUAUUCAGAAGGCGAAGAGAAGCUUCAUCACUUAGGAGAGAAGUACCUGUUCCCGUACACGGCCGAGGAAGAUCACACAGUCUCGCCCACUCCGUACAUGCUACCUAUGUCUUCCCGAAUUCUGGCGUCCAGCAUGAGCCAUCAUUCACAAAAUUCGAACCACGACAACAUGAGCGGUUCGGAGAGGUACGGGAGCUUGAAGAGGGGGCAAAGUUUGCACGGGUCGCACAACGAGAAUUUGAGCGGUUCCGAGAGAUACGGUAGCUUGAAGCGCGGCAAGAUCACUCCUACUGUACUUGAAGAUGCGCCGGAGUAUAUCUUGCCAAUGAGCGGCAGAAUACUGUCGAGCUCGUUGACCCACGAUCUACAGCACAGCAAUGAAUUGGCUGCUCUUCGGCAACAACAGCAGCAGCAGCAACAGCAGCAAUAUGAGCAGACUAUCACGGAGACCGACGAGGAGGUAAGCGUUUAUGGGAAUAUCGUCUUUGAAAAGUCGCGUUAAAUGCUUUAUUCCAUCAUCUCCGACGAGUCGUACUUCUAAAAAAAGAGAGUUUAACGAGUGGUUUGCAAUGAUGCUGUUUCAGGAAGGAUACUAACGCGGAAACGUCAGUAUGACGAGGCUCCGUGGUACAAACAGACACCGUACAAAGUAAUAUAACGUACUAUUAGCUUAUUAAAGAUUUCAAAUGAAUUAAAUAUAAAUAUAGAUUAUAUAUAUAUAUUACUUAGAGCCGGGUAAGUGCUCUAAGGUAUAUUUUAAGAGCGGCCAUGACUGUACUUACGAUGUUAGCCAUAUCAGUUGGUACGUACGUGUGAGUGCCUGUACGUAUUUAUAUACACGCGUACGCUUGUGUCGGUAUAUUUCGUUUCGUGUGCGACGUCAGGCCUCGGCGCCGAGGCGAAUCUUCCGAUUUCUCUGUUGACCGCAAUUUUUUUAUUAACGACAGACGGGUCGGAAGACAAAUGAUCUCUAGUUCGUUUCAUCGUUCGUUUAACUAGCAUCAGUUUCUUCUAGUACCUUCAUUUCUCGACUCAGUAUUGUGCAAUUGGUGCAUUCCAUUUUUCUCGUAUUUAGUCCUUUCAUUUUCGACGAAGUUUAUACAUUUUUAUACAUGCCAUGGAAGAAUCGUACAACUGUGCAGCGGAAUUUUCAUAGUUUUGUAUAUAUUUAUAUGAAAAAGAAUGUGACAAAAUACAUAAUUUAUAUAUAUCCUUCA